UUCUCGCCCGUCCUGCCCGCGCUGGCCGCGCUGCGGUGGUCACGGGCCGGGGGCUGUCGUGGCGGGAAGGGCACGCGCUAGUGCGGAUGAUCUGCGGGGCUCCGCGCCCUCCUCUUCCGCCCUCCGCGGGAGCUGGCGGCGACGAGCCCGCCGGGGAAAGGGUAACAUGGGCAGCGAGGCGUCGGGCCGGCCCCCCCUGAGGCGUUGAGGCGGGCAGAAGAAGGUGGCCGUGGCCUGCGCUACGUCCUGAGCGCUGCUGCCCGAGCUGCAGGAAGCGAGAUGUGUGUGAUUCUGCCUCUCCAUGUCUUUGGCUACUGAGGAUUGAAAAUGGAUUGUGGAAUGGCUCAGGACACUACAGUGCCCAAACUGAACUUUGAGUAUUGGUUGGAUAAAGCUAUUGAGUGGGGUCAAGCCACUACUUUGGAAUCGCAGAAAGAUGUGUGCCUUCACUUGCCCCAGCUCCAGGAAUUUCUACAUCAGCUUUAUGAAACAAUAAAACAUUUGCAGGGUCCCACUGUAGCAAUCCAGCAGUUCCCGUUAAUUGGACAGCUUCUAGGAAGGCUCUGUUGGAAUCCUUUUGUUAUAGGAUAUGAUGAAAGCCAGAAGACUCUGAUGUGGUGCUUAUGCUGUCUGUACAGCAGUGAACCACAGAAUGCUGUGGAGCUGAAGGCCAACAGCUGGAUACGGAGUUUGCUGUGCCAUCUCCUUUCUUCUUCUAAGUGGGAAAGUAAUGAAGCAGAAACCAGUACGUUCAUAUCAGCUCUGGGCUACACAUCAGCAGAUUAUUACUGUCACUUGGUUAAAAAUAUGGUCAUUUCAUUAGUAACAGAACUCAGAGAAAACCAGUGCAAUGGACUUAACAUUCAGGAGAGCAUUUCAGCCAGUCGUGUGAAUGCUAUUUCCAUUUUCUGUGUGCCUCUCAUUACUUUGCCUGAUCUAACUCCAUUGCUGGAAACUCUCCUUCUUUACCAUGGAGGGUCAUCAAAAGAAAUUCUGAGUUCAGAGUUUCUGGAGGCUGUGAAUGAGGCCUUUUUAAAGAAGAAGAUCUCCCUUCCUGAAUCAGCUGUCUUCAACCUUUGGCUUCGUCACUUACCAAGCCUUGAAAAAGCUACCUUACAUCUUUUAGACCAGCUGUUUUCCAUUCACUUGAAUUCACUGGAAGAAGUGGCUUGUGUCAUAAAAGACUCAUUGCUGCCACAAGCAGCAAGCCAUCCUGCUAUUUUCAGAAUUGUAAAUGAAAUUUUCAAGAAUGCACUGAUGGAAACUGAUGGAACCCCAGAAGUUAUGACAAUUAUACGGGUGUUUACACAGCUCUUCCUUCAGGCUUAUCAGAAUGAAAACAAACAGUAUAAAUUUCCACUGAAGGCCUACUUCCCAUACCAUCACCAGCCUCUUGUUAGAAGUUUAGUCAGACGUCCUUUUGAGCUCCCAACUACAUAUUGGUCUCAACACGUGAAACACAUUUCGGAUAUGCUCAAAGCAAUACUAGAAGAUACAAAUAUUAGUUCUCUCACUGACCUCUUUGAAAUCUGGUUUUUGGUUGCUUGUUUUGGAGAAUGGCUGGAUAUUGCAGCAGAACAAUUACUGAAGGCUGCUGUAGAACCAGGUCCUGUGCUGUGGCUGCUGGCAUUUUACUACUGUCCUAAGAAUGAAAAUCAACAAAGGACUGAAACAAUGGUAGAAGCCCAAGCAGUCUACAACCAUCUAAUGACACUGUUCAGCCACACAGACCUUUCUCUCAAAGACCUGGAGGCUGCUGUACACAGGGUAACAGGUGUAGAGCACUGUUGUAACCAGCAACUCACAACACAUCUUCUGACCAACUUCUUGCUCUUUUCCUCUGGUGGACAUAAGAUUGCCCAGGAAUGUAUUUACAAUAUUACUGAGAUAACUGAUACACGCAAAGAAGUUUAUAACCUUCUUAUCCAUACUGCUUACAGAUUUAACCAUAGUGGAGAAGAAAACCAAAGGACUGUGAAACUGAUGAAUGAACUUCUUCAAAAAUUUACAUUGAAAGUUUAGAAUUUCAAUGUGAUCUAUUUAUCAAACCAAUAAAUCAGGUCUUUAUCCAGGUGUCAAACUUCCAUUACCAUCUAGUGCUGCAGAUUACCAGGGGCAGAAAGAUACCCAUGUAAGCUAUAGCUGCUAAUUUAUAUUCCCUCAUCUAUACUGAAAAAAUAAUCUGUUGUUUGGAAUUGCUAAUCUUUUGAAACAUAGUAGUAAAUAUUAAAGAUGCAUGAAAAUUUUGUUCUGAGUACCUUCUGUAACAAGAGAUCUACUCUACAUCAUUUAAAGUAGCUUGCUCAUCUCCUUGUUGUUUAUCUGGCUGAGGAUCAGUUUUUCUCCUAAAUUACUCAUAUGAGGUUUUUUAAGUAAGUAAUAUCCAAUUGCUUGAUUGGUAAGUUGUUACUAAAAUGUUUUGUUCUGUGCUUCUGCUUUUCUGAAACUAACGAUGAUCUCAAGUGAUUCAUAGUGUUCUCAGGAAAUCAGUGAGUGAUAUUUCCUGAAUUCUUUCCUUCUUUUUGAAAAUGUUUCCAAAAUGAAACUCUUCCCAGAUUUGCUGAAUGUGGGGGUUUUUCAAUACUGCAACUUUCACAGGACAGUGUUCUCCUCUAAGUACUAGCCCAAUAGCUGGUCUUUGUCAAAAGAUAACUGUAGGCAUAAAAUUGCUUGCAGUACAGCCCACUCAACAGUGUGCCAUGACUGAUGCUAUUAUUUAUUUAUUUAAGAAAUAUGGGGCUUUUAUUCAGACAAAAGAGGGCAAGCAAAACAGAGACACAGGGACAUCUUUGAGUUCAAAGGGACAGAUUUCCUAUAUAGGUUGUAAUUCAUUGCCUUCAUUUUUGUGUCCAGCAGUAAUUUGCUUACUUCUUUGUUUAGGUUUUUUGAGUCCUGCAAGGAGCAUAGACAGGUAGCAGUGGCAUAUUUUUUUUACCCUUAGGAAGGUAUUUGUCCCUAGAAGUUUUGUGAACCUGUCUCUAGCUUAACUAGAAAGAUGACCUUGGAGAAUAGUAGUGAGAAUACUGAGCAUCUUAGCUUUCUUCAGUAAUUUGUUCCCCUGUAUUACUUAUGUGUAAUGCCAACGCCUGUGCUAUGCUACUCAAAGAUGCUACUUGGAAUUCUAGUCUUGCAUAUAAAAUCCAAGACAUGUAUCUUGAAUUAAUAAAGCUUUUUGAAUAUAGCAUUUGUUUUUGAGCAAAGGGAAAGAAGAACAGUGUACUUAGUGUCCUUUGGCUGUAAGAAGUGGAAAGAUAUUUUCUGUUAUGCUGUUAACUGAUUUCUUACAAUUUUGUUCCCAGUGAGUCAUAUUACGGAAGUUACAUGCCCUCUCAGUCAGUUUGCUAGUGAAAAAAUAGCAAACACAUAAUGUAUGUCUGCAAAAAAAUGGAGUUUUUCUCUUUUUUGAUUAAAAAUUAUUUUUAAAUGAAAAUUCAGAAAGAAAUAAGUAGCAAUUUUUCUGUUGUUGAAUGGCCACAUGUAUCUAAAAAAGUAAAAUCAAGCAAGCCAGUUUUUUGUUCCCUGAAUACCAUAACUGAAGCAUGGGAUUAAACUAAAUUAUUUUUGGUCACAAACUCAGAGGUAUUCGUCUAGUGGAAACAGAUGUGGAAUGCUCUAUUUAGAAUGAUAAAUAAUCUAAAAUUUUAACUAAAAGGAAGAAUGAUUUUUUUUUGUUUGUGUGGGUUUUUUGGUGUUUUUUUUUUUUUUUGUUUUGUUUUGUUUAAUGUCUAAUCUGGUUGUUGGAUGUGAGGCUCUUUGGUUGUGUUUUCUCCAUAUUGUGCCUAUAUGUAAUUUUAACUAUGUAGAAGAAAGAUAAGCAAAGAACUGCAGUAUCUAAUUCUUGCAGAUUAAUUAGGUGAAUGUUGUGGGUAUCAUAUUUAGAUGCGUAUGGCAGUUUUUGGACAGAUAUUUUUAAGUAUCUUUUCUUUAUCAGUGUUUUUAUUUUUCCAUUGACAAAAUGUAUGAAAAUUCUUCUAACUUCAUUUAACAAAACCAUUAUGCUGAUAAAUAAGGAUAAAUAGAAUUAAGCAGGAAGGAAAUGUACAAUGAAGGCAGUAAAACCCCAGAAUUAGUUGUGAAUUGAUAUAUUCUUGUUUUUUUGUGUUUGGCUUCCUAAGAAAAACUGAAUGAUUUAAAUACUAAGGAGGGUUUGCUAGUUUCAGGAGUCUCUAAUGAAGAAACCUAAUUGAUACUCUCUGUAACUUAAAAAAGACACAUCUGUACUGCAUUCUUUUAGCUUUUUUUAGCAUAGUGGUUAUAACUUGUUGGUGUUUCUUUUUCCUUACUCUUUCACUAUGCUUGAAUUAUGAUCUAGCUUUGAUAUAAGCUGUGAUUUUGUGGGAUGUUGAAGCUACUUUUGUUAGUUUGCCAGUGAAAGGCUACAGAGCAGUUUGGUAGAUCUGAGUAAUGGAAGAUUUCUCAUACAGUGACUUCUGCAUUAUCCAUCCAAUGUGCAUCUUUUCCUCUGUAAUUGCUGCUUUCUGGAAAUGUUCUUUGGGGCCUUCACGGUUGUACUUCUUUGCUGAACCAGCCAAAAAGUCCUGAAAUCAGACUUCAAGUAGAUUGUUCCCUUGCGUUCUAUUUGCAGCACACACCCUGAUUGUCUUCAGUACAUAGAGAACUUUUCAAAACUGUUCUGCUUCAAGGUGUUUUUUGAAUAAGAAUACAGACAGUAAAUUUUACUUCUUUGUUGAUUAUGCUCCUUUCCAGUCUAAGACUGCUAAGUUAGAGCUUUUUGGAUUCUGCAAGCUUUGCAGCAUGGUGCUGGUUGGUUUCUGUGGAUUUUCUUCAGGCAGAAAAAAAGGUCAUUUCAGUGGCUUUUAUUUAAUCAAGAUCUCAGUACAGUGCCUAUACAAAGCAGAAUGUAUUUUAUUUUGUCAUGUGUUGUCAGAUACUGCAAUUUAGCUGACCAACAGUAACAUUUAUUGUGUUACUGCUAGCAUUUGUAAUUAAGUUUCUGUACUCUCAGCAUUGUAAGUGUCAAGAGAUGUUAAUGGACACAUGACUUAAUAUUUGUUUCAGUGAGCUGAAAACUCUGAAAUAUGUUUGGCUUGGCAGGGAUACAAUUAAAACAUUCUGUAGCAUUGUAGAAGUAUAGGAUAAAAUAUCUACCACAAAUUACUUGCAGUUGCUAAACAAAAUACUGUUAAAUCAGAUUUACACUGUUUCAUUGCUGUGUUAUCUAAUGUGAGAAUAAAGUACCUAAUGUUCUGUGUGAAUGAGUAAUGUCAUACUCAUUAAAACACAGUUUUUCUA